AUGAACGCCGCUAUCCCUCCGCCUCCGUUUCUCCAGUGUCCCGGCAUACCACCUAUUCCAUGGAGACAGUGGCGUCCUGUGUUGCAGGUAUACAUCGACGCCGCGGCCAGGGACGCCUCGCCGGAACACAAGAAGACGCUGCUUCUGAACGCCUUAGGCGUCGAGGGACUGAACACCUAUCUGCGUGUCGCCGAAGAUGAGCAGCAGCCGGGAGCCGACCGGCCAACUCAGGAGGAGACGCCGAGCGUGUACGACGCAGCCCUUGCGCUGCUCAGCCAAAUUUUCGACCCCCAACCGGACGCGGCGUGCCUGCGCGCCCGCUUCAAAUCUCUGUGCCAGGGACCGGACGAGUCGGCGGUCCAAUUUAUCCAAGAAGUGCGCCGACUAGCCAAGCUUUGUGAAUUCGGCGCGGCGAGCGAUCUCCUUGCUUAUGACCAGAUCGUCUCUGGCAUCGCGUCGCCGCACCUGAAACGGACUUUCUACAAAUUGGGCAAGGAAUUCACCGAACAGAAGGCGCUCGACAUUGCCAAGGAGGAGGAGCGCGUCGAUCGCGCCUUACUACAGCUUUCCGGAGUUCAAGUCGACGCCGUAUCGUCGCGUACUGUUCAAGACGGCGGCGCAACUCGCCGAAUUCGUCAAAAUGGCGGGCCUAAUGGUGGCCGUCCUCCUCAAGCUUCGCCGCAAGAUGGCGCCGGCGGCACUUCGUCUGCGUGCACCCCCUCGGCCACCACUGCUGCGGACACCUCCUCUCCAGCUGCGCCGCCGGGUCGCGCGGGUGCCUGUUACCGCUGCGGAUCGACGCGGCAUUGGGCCAACUCCGCCGCCUGCCCAGCCAGGAGCCGGACGUGUUCGCGAUGCGGACGUCGUGGACAUUUCGCGCGGGUCUGCCGCACUACUUCGGAAUCUCCAACCGGUCAUCAGGGCACGUCAACGGUGACCAAUACAGUCACGGUCCUACAAGUGGACAAACCGGUCACCACUGUCGGACUUCAUCUUCCUGUGCGGAUCAAUGGAUCCAUUUGCAACAUGCUCAUCGACACGGGAGCGGCUGUGUCGCUACUCAACGUCCAGGAUUAUAAAAGGAACUUUUCCCAUAUCAAGCUCCUACCUUCGCAUCUUGUCCUACAAAACUACUCCGAGCAAGCCAUACAUAAUCACGGCUAUUUCAAGGCAACAGUCCUGUACAACGGUAACUCCGCUACGAUUCCCUUCUACGUCACGGAUAAAGGCACCUCGCUCCUGGGAUUGGAUGCCAUUCGUGCUCUGAAAAUAGUCAUCAGAGGGGAGACCCUUACUUGUUCGCUCGUCGACUCUUCGGCGGUUCCGGCGAAUGCGCCACCGGAGUAUCAUCACCUAUUUUCGUCGGACAUCGGCACCGUCCGCAAUUACAUUCAUCGUGUCAAGCGUCGACCUGACGUGCAGCCCGUGGCGGCCAAACUGCGUCGCCUUCCUUUCUUGUUGCGGCAACAGGUUGCCGACGAGUUGCAACGACUAGAGUCGACUGGCAUCAUCGAGAGGGUGGAUGCUUCGGACUGGGUGUCUCCUUUGGUCGUCGUCCGCAAGAAGGACAAUUCCAUCCGACUAUGUGUUGAUCUCCGUGAGCCGAACAAGGCCAUCCUAGUGGACGGGUUCCCUCUGCCUCACAUCGAGGAACUUUUACAACCGUUAUCAGAGCUCCUUAGCGGCACCGGUUCAAAGUCCCGCUGUGGUGCCCAGCCACCAUACUUCUACUGA